GGCGGAGGCGGUGGCGGUAGCGGCGGCGGCUGGGUCGGGCACCGACGGGCGGCGGUGGCUGAGGUGGAGGCGGAGGGAGGCGGCGGCGGCGGCGGCCGCGGAGGGGGGAAGAUGGCGGCGCCCGUCCUGUUGAGAGUGUCGGUGCCGCGGUGGGAGCGGGUGGCCCGGUAUGCAGUGUGCGCCGCCGGGAUCCUGCUCUCCAUAUACGCCUACCACGUGGAGCGGGAGAAGGAGCGGGACCCCGAGCAUCGGGCCCUCUGCGACCUGGGGCCCUGGGUGAAGUGCUCCGCCGCCCUUGCCUCCAGAUGGGGUCGAGGAUUUGGUCUUUUGGGUUCCAUUUUUGGAAAGGAUGGUGUAUUAAACCAGCCAAACAGUGUCUUCGGACUUAUAUUUUAUAUACUACAGUUAUUACUUGGCAUGACAGCAAGCGCAGUUGCAGCUUUAAUCCUCAUGACCUCCUCCAUCGUGUCUGUAGUAGGCUCUCUGUACCUGGCCUACAUUCUGUACUUUGUGCUGAAGGAGUUCUGCAUCAUCUGCGUGGUCACGUACGUGCUGAACUUCAUUCUUCUGAUCGUCAACUACAAACGACUCGUUUACUUGAAUGAGGCCUGGAAGCGACAACUGCCGCCCAAGCAGGACUGACAGCCUGACAGACUCUUAAAUGACAGUCUGAAGUCCCUUUCUCCAUUAAGUUUAUUUUGCAGCAGUUUUUUUUUUUAUUCUUCAGAACAGACACUUGACCUAAACUGAUUUCCUUAAACUGAUUUUUUAAAAUCCUGUAAAUUAGAAGGGGCCCUAGCUAUUUCCUGUGUCACUCUUCAUUUUAAAUAUGGAUACAAGGCAAAAAGGACACACUGAGCCAGUCAAAGACAAGCUUUAACUUUACUUUGAAGAUGUUUCUGAAUAAUAAAACAUAAUCCUAACUCCUUGCCUUCAUUUGUAAAGUGAGCAACCAUUGCUAGUAAUUCUCUAAUGUUUAUAAACUCAAUUUCAGGUAUAACAAAUGUGAUCAUGACAGAAUAUUUUAGAAUAGAUACUGUAUUAAAUAUUGCCAUGUUUACAAUAUGUAAUGUUUUUAGCCAAUGGAUUUAAACACAUAGAUUCAACUAGAAUCCAUUUAUGUGAUAUUUGUAAAUAAAGGUAGAAAUAUUGGAUCCAUCCCUGAAGAACUUACUGUACAGUUUAGUUGAAGUGUAGCAAUGAAGAAUUGUUAGCUCAAUGUUGACUGAAGAAAUAAUGAAAAUAGUAAGUCCAUACAGAGCAUCUUGUGGAAAGUACUGACAGCUGUGGGUCCAGUACUGAAAGCAAAAAAUAGUAGGGUGGUUGGUUCCCUUUCAUUUCCUUCCUCUGAAAGGAAGAAACUAAAUUUGGACAUUCAAUUCAAGCUUGUGUCUAGUCAUAAAACUGGACCAAUUAUGACCUUAUGGAAUGUCAUGUGACCAGACCUUCAGGUGCAAGGACUUCAAUACAUUAAAGAUGGGAAAAUGGGUAGAUUUGUUUGGAGAAAAGCUGGAGAUAUUAAAAUGGCACUUUUGGGUAAAGUCUCUUAUAAUGGUUGAAUUUUCAUGCAGAUAUUUUUCCUUAACAUUGGUGUCAGUCAACCAAACAGUAUUAGGACUUUGAAAUAACCAGUAUAAGCUCAGUCACUCCAGAGCAGGAUCGCUUUUGGGUAGUUCCAUAGUGUUUUCCCUGUUUCAUUGUGCACUAACUAAUCGGAUGUCUAGUUUAAUUGUUCUAAAGUCAGAUACUGGGUUUGUAAACUUUAGGGCUGACAUGCAGCUCAGUUUGCUUCAUUGGGAAGAACACUACAGGUAGAAAUAUCUGAAGGUGAAAUACAGUACUGGUGUCACUACUCUAAAUAACCACACAAAUGCAGAAAUUUUCAACGCAAAUAAACCCAAAUGAUAUUGUAACAGUAUGUUUUUAUGGUUAACAUCUUAUAUCAGAAUGUUAAAAGUGCCUUCUGUCUUAAAUCUCAAACCAAAUAUUUUGUGCUGUUGAACUUGGGCUGAAGUGUCCUUGCUUCCUUUCUUACAUAAAGUAGAAAACGUGCAUUCUAUAGAAAGGUUCUGUAUGAUUUUGCUCCUUAGAUUGAGAAGCAGUAGCUGUUUUUUGCUUCCAAUUAGAUUAAUCAUUAUGUUAAGAAUAGACCAGUAACUUUUGAGCACUUUAUUUGCCUUCUCUUUGAAGGGAGGGGAUAGACUCUGCUCUGUAAACCAUAAUGUGUAGAGUCAGCAACUCUUCAGUUUCCGACUGUCAGAAUUGACACAACAUAUUCUUCUGGCCCAAGGUGGAUAUAAAUCUGGAUUGUGAUGAACUUCUAACCAGUUCUAACCAGUUUUAUAAAUGACAUGCUUAAUUCUGAUUUCAUCAAGGCUUUUGUUUUCUCAUAAACGUGAAUAUUUCAAUGCCUGUUUUAUUAUGUAUGUAUUGUUCUUGUUUCUAUAGUUGAAGAACUCUAGAAGCAUUGAUUGGAUGUCUGGUGUUUAUGGAGAAACAAGUCUUCAUUUUCUGCACAGUGAGGUCAUCUUGUCGCAGUGCUUCCAGUUCUACCAAGCAGUUUUCUGGGUUUUUUCCUAAGCAACAGUGGAAAUGGCUUAAUGGUUAAGAUGUUUGUUAUAUAUAUAACACUGGUUCUGCCAAAUAAGUUUUUCAUGUCCGUUUAAAAUGGUUUUUCAUCAUAUUUUGUAUCAAUCAGCAAAGUACAAAGCUUGUCUUGAUGUUAGUUCUUGCAAAUGUCUUCAAUCUCUUACAUAAGAAAACAAAAAUAUUCAGUCAGAGCUUUCAAGUUUUUCCUUUGCUUUCCUAAGCCUUGGGGGAAACACCAUCUCAGUUGUACAAAAAUGUUUGCCACAUUCCUGUGAACCAGUAUAAUUCCUAUCCUUUCUCUCACUGAGUGAUGAGUGGGUGCUGCCUGAAAUAACCACAUGGUAAUGCCAGUGUCUCAGGAAGCAACCCAACCCCGGUGGCUGUUACUUGGUGUUUUUGCCCUGGAAGAAUUUAGGCUCCCCUCUACAUCCUCUGUUCUACCCCAGAAGGGGAAAACACGAUGUUAUAAAAUCUGAGGAUGGUUAUGACUAUUUUAGACUAUUUAAACAUUGCAACACUACUAGCCACCAAUGUUGAAUAAUUAGGAAAAAGUUGAGUUCCUGGGUUUUGGCAGUAAUUCCUUGCUUCUUGGCUUUUGAAAUGAUUUGUAAAAAAUGAGGCCACUUACUUACUGGAUAGUCACAAUUUGAAUAAGGGAAGUUGUGGUUAGAUGAUAAAUUCCAUGGAGUCUAGGUGGAUUUGGAGGAUUUCAUUUGUUUUUUUCUACAGCUAGUUGU